CUUCCCUUUCUUUUUUACUCUUUUAUUGUUUCAGUUAUCACAAACAAGGGACUAUGCCACCUCAGGAACCAUUAUACUCUCCAUCAUCAUUAUUAGAAAGAGGGAGCUCCAGUGAGUCACUGGAUAUGAUGAGAAGCGAUUAUAUCCAAGGCACUAAUAAAAAAUCACGGACGACUGAGUACACUCAUGAACAACUGUUAUCUUAUGCUAAGUGUUUCACUACCAAUGUCUCCAAACGCUCUUCAAAAUGGUUAGAGUUACUCGAUAUCAUUACUUCAAUCCCCAGCGCAUUAGUUCGUUACGGCAUCAUAUUUCCACUUCGAUUCAUAAGCUUAGGUGUAUCAACCGUAGCAUUCUUUACAGCCUUGCCUAUUGCUGUGACACUCAAAAGUGACAGGCUUGUCUCUACGUCCGUUAAAUAUUAUUGCAAAGGCAUAUUAUUUUCACUUGGUGUAAAAGUCAACUAUAUCGGAAAUAAGCCAACACUUAAUAAGCCCCAUGUCUUUGUGGCCAAUCAUACCUCUUAUUUAGACUAUAUCCUUCUUAGUGCUGAUCGAUUCCCCCAUGCUGUUGUUAUGGCAAAACAUACUGGAGCACUAGGCUUUUUACAAAAUAACGGAUUAAAUUAUUUACACUCAAUGACAUUCGACCGGUCUAAUAUAACUGAACGAAAGGAAUUAUCUGCAAGUCUAAAGAAGCAUGUUGAAGUAAAAGAGAACUUGAAAAAUCCAAUGAUCAUCUUUCCGGAAGGUACAUGCGUGAAUAACAAAUACAUCAUCCGCUUUCAGAAAGGUGCUUUUGAUCUGGGAGUAAACGUCUGUCCUGUUGGUAUAAAAUAUCAUAGAACUUUUGGUGACCCUUAUUGGGACACACGUAAAGGAUUUAUGCAUUACGCUUAUUAUAGAAUGACCAGAUGGAUAACAACUGUUGACGUAAUUUAUUGUGAACCACAAUCACCUAAAGAAGAUGAAAAUUCAAUAGAAUACAGUGAUAGAGUGAAAGAGAUUAUUGCAUCUUCAGCAGGCCUUGAACAAGUUGAUUUCAAUGGAAUGGCUAAGCGUGAUUUGUUAAACGCAUUAGAGAUGGAAAGCAGAAGAAGCAAGCAGUAA